UAUGAGUCACAGCCCUUAGAUGAUCUUAACCUUUACUAGAGGAUACCCUGCUUUGUGUUCAGUGGCAUAAACAACUGAGCAAGGACCUGUGCACACCUGGUGAAUUCAACAGGACCAUUUUGACAGUACUAGUUAUAACAACAUGAAGAUGAUGUUUUUCCUGUGUCUCUUAGUUGUUGCAAUGAUUUCUAACAGUUAUUGCUAUGAGCCCAAUCACCGGGGUGUAAGAAACCAAAAUCAAAGAGGCCAAGAAAGUCAAAAUAUGCCACUGCAGAUUGUAGGGAAAAAUGUUUGUCAUUUUGCGUGUUGUUUCUACAAAGAGAUUGCUUCUCGUGAUAAGAGUGGGAAUAUUUUCUUCUCUCCUUUGAGCAUCUCUACUGCCUUUGCUAUGCUGACCCUGGGUGCCAGAUCAGACACUCUGACACAGAUUCUUAGAGUCCUUAGCUUUAACCCACGUGAGAUUUCUGAAAAUGAAAUACAUGAAGGUUAUCGUCAACUCAUGCAAAUGGUAAACAGAAAGAAUGAGGUGUUGCAGCUGAAUAUGGGAAAUGUUCUGUUUGUACUUGACCGACUAAAGCCACAACAAAAAUUUUUAAAUGAUCUCAGAAACUUCUACGAAGGAGAAGCUUAUCCUAUGAACUUCAAAAGGGCUGAUCAAGCCCAGAUAAAGAUCAAUGAAUAUGUAGCAGGAAGAACCAAUGGGAAAAUCAAAGACCUCAUAAAUAACCUUGAUCCACUUACUGAAAUUCUACUUAUUAGCUACAUUUAUUUUAAUGCUGAAUGGGAAAAACCUUUUGAUCCAAAAAACACUAAAAAGAGCAAAUUCUUUGUGGAUGGGAACAAGGCUGUUGAAGUCCCAAUGAUGUUUGGAAUGGGCGUUUUCAAGCAUGGCUACGAUGAACAGCUGUCUUCCACUGUGGUGCAAAUGGAUUACAAGGGAGGUGCCUCAGCAUUUUUUGUUCUGCCUGAUCAAGGAAAAAUGGGGAAGCUGGAGAAAAAAAUGAAUUGUGGACGUAUAACAAGAUGGAGAACACUAUCCUCAGCAAGAGGCACAGUAAAUUUGCGUAUUCCAAAAUUCACUCUUUAUGGGACAUACGACCUAAAAGAGAUAUUAUAUAAAAUGGGCAUCAUGGAUGUAUUCACUGAUAAGGCUGACCUGUCUGGGAUCACUGGACAGCCGCAGCACAGAGUUUCCCAGGCGGUUCAUAAGGCUGUGAUAAAGGUGGAUGAGACGGGCACUGAAGCAGCAGCUGCCACAGGAAUGGAAAUAGUGCCUAUGUCUGUUCCAGUUACCAUUACAUUCAACAGACCCUUCCUAAUAGUCAUAACUAUGGAGGAAAAUAUACUCUUCAUGGGAAAAAUUGUGAACCCUUUGAAGAAGGAUUAAAUUGAUGUACACAUUAGGUAUGCGGUGAUCACCAUUGUUAAAGGAAGUGUUUGACCUGAUGAAUAUGGCAUGGCUGCAGAAGGCUAUCCACCUCUUAACUGAUGUUAUUCACUGGUUCUGUUUUAGAUGAGGCUCAGUUUAAGUUGUCAUAGCUGUGUAUUUGUUUGGGCCUUGUUGUUGUUGGUGUGUUUUUUUUUUUUUGUUUUUUUUUUUUUUUAAAGGAAGAUUACAUUCAGGCAGAACUGUCUUUAGAUCUGGGAUGAAAUAGGCCUGUGUGAUACUGACAGCAUGGAUACAUCUCCUAUCAGGGAAGAUAAGGAGCACAUGGCUGGAGAGUGUUGUGUAAGCCUGCUUCUUCCCUUACGGUUGCCUCCUCACCUUUUUUUGGUGUUGACUGACAAAUGGGUACAAGUUAUGGAACUCUUUGUGCUGAUUUCCCUACCAACAUCAAGUUCAUAUCUAGCAUAAAUCUUAAUAUACAUAAUGCUUACUACCUGGCAUAGUACCACUGCUGUCCAGUAAGUCCUGGCCUUUCAGCUGUUGUUCCAGCUAGGCUGCUGCAAAGGUGUCACGGAGGGUGGGUUUUACCCCUGCACAUUUAUACUGGCCUGCCCAGUGUGUCUGUGUUUACAAUCCAGACUCAUUCCAGGGAAAAUGUUAAAGGGUCUAAGAAAAGAAGUAGAUCAGAUCUCUGCAGUUCAGUGCCCUGGAGCUGACCUCUGUGAAUCAGAUAUACAACUCAGAGCAGUCAGAAGACUACUUCUAACCCCCACCUGCACCUAAACCAGCUUCUUGAAGCCCACAAACAGCAGGAAACACAGACCAUCUUCUCUUGGUGCGAGUGCCUGUACAAGUAUCCUCUGCUUCUGGGAGAUUACCCAUGGUAGUAAGCACCAUUCCAGUACUGUUUGUAGGACCAAGCACCCUACUGACAACAGCCAUACCCCAUUAGUGACACUUACUGUGUCUCUGGAUAUAUAACCCCUUCUGUUCCCAGACUGUCCAGUAACACAACAUCGGUACUUAUUUCUUAUCUGCUUCAUGGUUAGUAUAGCCACAACAUUAUAGAGAACUAUUCUCACUAUUAAGAUACACAAUACUAGAAGUCACAUUCAUAAUGUGCAUGCUUAUUUAUUUUUUCUUGUUUACUUGAUUGUCUAUGUUUUCUUCUAUAUUUCACAGCAUCUAUCAUUAUUUUAAUUCUUUGCUCAUGUUCAUGGUAUAUAUCUGUUCUCUGGUUGCAGGAGGGGUAAAUUAUUGAAGGAAAUGGUUUAGUCUGUUUAAUAUGUAUUAAGCAUUAACACCAGUCUUUGUACAGCCUUGAAAUAUGCAGGCAAUUGUACUAUGAUAGAAGAAAAACAAUGA